GUCCGCGGCAAGGCCAUGCCGUCGUCCCCGGGGCGCCGCGCCCGCCUCGUGUCCCCGGGCACCAGCCGGCCCUCUGCCGAGGCCCGGGAGGAGCUGCGGCGCCGCCUCCAGGACCUCAUCGAGGGCAACCGGGUCAUGAUCUUCAGCAAGAGCUACUGUCCGCACAGCACGCGGGUUAAAGAACUCUUUUCCUCUUUGGGAGUGGACUACAACAUCUUGGAGCUUGAUCAGCUUGACGAUGGGGCCAAUGUUCAGGAAAUGCUGUUAGAAAUCACCAAUCAGAAGACUGUGCCCAAUAUUUUUGUGAACAAAGUACAUAUGGGCGGAUGUGACCGGACUUUACAGGCACAUAAGAACGGCUUAUUGCAGAAGAUCCUUCAGGAAGACUCAGCCUAUGAUUAUGACCUCAUUGUCAUCGGUGGUGGCUCUGGUGGCCUCUCGUGUGCGAAGGAAGCUGCUGUUUUGGGCAGGAAAGUUAUGGUGCUUGACUUUGUGGUCCCCUCACCUCAAGGCACAUCCUGGGGCCUCGGUGGGACUUGUGUGAAUGUGGGCUGCAUUCCUAAGAAAUUGAUGCAUCAGGCUGCCCUUUUGGGACAGGCAUUACGUGACUCAAGGAAGUUUGGCUGGGAGUACAGUCAGCAAGUGAAGCACAACUGGGAGACCCUGACAGAGGCGAUUCAGAACCACAUUGGCUCUCUAAACUGGGGCUACCGCCUGUCUUUGAGGGAAAGGGGUGUGGCCUAUGUCAAUUCCUAUGGAGAAUUUGUCGAGCAUCAUACUAUUAAGACAACCAAUAGAAAGGGACAGGAAACUUAUUACACUUCUGCAAAAUUUGUCAUAGCAACAGGUGCACGGCCACGGUAUUUAGGAAUCCCAGGAGAUAAGGAAUUCUGUAUUACAAGUGAUGACCUUUUUUCUCUACCUUAUUGUCCUGGCAAAACGUUAGUAGUGGGCGCCUCUUACGUGGCUCUGGAGUGCGCUGGCUUUCUUGCCGGCUUUGGGUUGGACGUCACAGUCAUGGUGCGCUCCAUCCUUCUUCGAGGCUUUGAUCAAGAAAUAGUGGAGAAAGUGGGUGCCUACAUGGAGCAGCAUGGCGUGAAGUUCUUGAGAAAAUUUGUGCCUGUGAUGGUUCAACAGUUGGAGAAAGGUUCACCUGGAAAGUUGAAAGUAACAGCUAAGUCUACUGAAGGAGCAGAAAUUACUGAAGGCGUGUAUAACACAGUUCUGUUAGCUGUCGGUCGUGACUCCUGUACCAGGGACAUAGGCUUGGAGAAGAUUGGUGUCAAAAUCAAUGAGAAGAAUGGCAAAAUACCAGUCAAUGACGUGGAGCAGACCAACGUGCCCUAUGUCUAUGCUGUUGGGGAUGUCUUGGAAGGUAAACCGGAGCUCACGCCAGUGGCCAUCCAGGCAGGCAAGCUGCUGGCUCGGCGGCUGCACGGGACCUCUUCAGAAAAGUGUGACUAUUCCAGCAUUCCAACAACCGUGUUUACUCCUCUGGAGUAUGGCUGCUGUGGGUUAUCUGAGGAGAGAGCUGUUGAAUUAUAUAUGACAGAGAAUCUGGAAGUGUAUCACACUUUGUUCUGGCCUCUUGAAUGGACAGUAGCCAGCAGGGACAGCAAUACUUGUUAUGCCAAGAUAAUCUGCAACAAACUCGACGAUAAUCGGGUGAUAGGAUUUCACGUGCUUGGCCCCAACGCUGGUGAGAUUACCCAGGGAUUUGCAGCUGCCAUGAAGUGUGGGCUCACGAAACAGCUUCUGGAUGACACCAUUGGGAUCCACCCCACGUGUGCGGAGGUAUUCACAGCGCUGGAGAUCACCAAGUCCUCGGGCCUGGACAUCACUCAGAAGGGCUGCUGAGGCUAGUCCUGCUGCUCCUCGGUCAUCCUUGUCACGCUCUCGGGCAACAGGGGCCACCCUCUCCAUCCACUCCUCACUCGGGGCUCCUCCCCCGCGCCCAGGUAAGAAGGAAGACAAGGAGACAGGACAGCAGCAGGUGGCACCUCCCACACCUGGCUGCCUGGAGAAGCAGAGCCGCUGCUUCCUUGACGCCCUGGCUCAGAACCCGCUGCCGGCGAGCCAUGGCCGAUUCUCCUGCAGGUCGGAGUGCACCGUUAGCCAAGUUCGCUUUUCUCAUUCCUUGCAUCGUCACCCUCAUCCCAUGCUGUUUAUAUGAAAAUAUAUUUUCUGUUAU